AUGAAAAUAUCGAAAGCUUAUGGAGGUGUCACACUGGGUUGUGCAGUCAUUACAGGGACAUGCUAAAUGAUGUAGAAUCUAGAGAGAAUGCAAAGAUAGUUCACCUAUGAAAACGACUACAUGGAAUUCAAAUUCAAUGAUAUGCAUCAAAAGGAAAUUGGAGAUGAUACUGCUUAAUUUGGCUAUCCAGAUGAUGGAAAUGGCAGAUACACUCAGGGAAGACAGUAUGCUGACUGGUACUAUAUGAACGUCACUAAGAGGGUUAUUUAAAAUGAUUUAGAGCACAUUACCACUAUUAUUCCAUUAAGUUUAGUCACAGGUCUCUUCAAUCCUUAUCCAACGAUCGGACUUCUCUCAACUUAUUUUCUCGGAAGAGUGCUUUAUACCAAGGGCUAUUUCAUGCCUGAGGGUGCUUUGAAUAAAUAAAGAAUGGUUGGAUCCGUACUAUGCAAUUUGUCGCAUGUUGGAGUUCUAGGUUUGACGAUAUAUACUGCAGUCAUGUUAAGACGAGGAAGAUUAGCAAAAUUUAUUAUCCCAAAAUGA